AUGGAUGAAUGGCGAAUACAACAACAACAACAACAUCAUAGAAUGCUAUCAGGUGGCGUAGGUCCAAUUCUUAGUUAUCAUUCAAUACGUUCAAGAGCUUCUCCAUAUUCAUCACCACAUCAAAUGAGUGAAAUUAAACAAUCAUAUCAAUAUCAACAAAAUUCAUCAACAACAUCAUCAAAUCCUCUUUCUCCACAAAAUUCAACAACAUCACCAAAUCCAAAUACAACAUCAAUAUGUGUUAAAAAUGAUUCGGAUGAUACAACAUCAUCAUCAUUAUCAUCAUCAUCAUCAUCUGAUGAAGUUUCUACAACAACUUCAAAUCCUAAUAUUUAUACUCCUAAUAAUACAAAUGUUUCAUAUACACCUGUUCAAAUGGAACAAAUUCAACAACAACGUAUUAUGGCCACAAAAACACAUGGUUCUAUGGUUGGUUAUCAUCCAGGUCAACAACAAAUGAUGGCAGCACGAACACGUUCAAUGCCAUAUCCAAUGCCUCCACCUCCAUCUCAUCAUCAUCCUCAUCCAUCUAUGUAUCCACAUCCAUCGGGUGCAGUUUGUCAAUGUACUCAACAUAUGCAUACAACAAAUGGUCAUUAUCCAAUACAUCCAUCACAACAUUCAAUGUAUUAUCAACAGCAACAGCAACAACAUGAAGCAUGGUAUCGAUAUCAACAACAACAACAACAGCAACAAGCUGCUUGGAGACAACAUCAAAUGCAACAACAACAACAACAACAACAACAACAACAUUUACAUACUCAUCCUCAACCAAUAUCUAUUGAACAAAGUUAUAAUGCUAUUUUAUCUGAUACUACAUCUACAACAAAAUUAAAAACAACAAAAACUAAAACAAAAAAGAAACAAAAUACAACAUCUUCAUUAAAUGAAGAACCUUUUAUAAAAUAUCAACCAAUACCACCAUCAUCAUUAAAUUUAUCUGUGCAACAACAACAACAACGUGUAUGUAUUCCACCACCAUCUUCAACAACAUAUUAUCCAUCUGUUUAUUCAACACCAAAUUCAUAUGUACCAGCUCAACAAUUACCUCCACCAUCGACAUCAUCUAUUCCACAAGAUCAUCCAAUGUAUGCUCAAACAUCUCCAACAACACUUUCACAUCAUCAAUCUCAAAUAUUCACAAGUCCAUUAAGUAAUCCUGGUACACCACAUCAAAUACAUAGUAAUGGAGAAUUUAAUGGUACUGCUGAAUUUGGUGUACCAUAUCAUCAUGGUGCUCCAGGUUCAGUUAAUUCACUUACAGAUGCACUUUGUCCUAGUGGUGAUACAAAUGAUCGACAAAUGACACCUGGUCCACCGAGUGUUGGUACACCUCGUGUUGCUCCACAUCAAUAUUCAUUUCCACAUACGCCAUUAACUCCUCAAACAAUAAACAAUCAAAAUACAAAUCCUCAUACACCAGUUAUGAUGCCACCGACACCAAAUCCUUUAUCAGCACCGCCGACACCUUUAACACGUCCACGAUCAUCAAGUGAUCAAACACAAUUUAUAUCAAAUCAUAUUCAACAAUAUGAACAAAAUAAAUCAAUGAAUAAUGUUGAUGAUCUAGCUGCUUAUCUUAAAGAUCCAACAAAUGUUUAUUUAACUGAUGAUGUAUCAUCUACAUUUUUUGAUGAUAUUGAUGCAUUGGCUGAUACAUAUUUAGGACAACAAUCAAACAAUCAACAACAAGCUAAUGUUGAUAAUAAUUCAGCGGAAGAUAUUCUCUUAAAUUUUCUUUGUUCGGAUGAUCUUACAGCAUAA